AUCUUCUCUCGUACUUUUAUCUGGUAAUACAGGACAACUCUUGGGAAAAUAUAUAAAACAUAAUUGUUCAUUAGUUAAUAUAUAUAAUCUUGUUUCUGAUGGCACUAUUUUAUAUUUAUGUUACGACAUGAAUGGCAAACGUAUAACAAAGUACGUUUCGUUAAAAGCACUUCUCAAUGGUUCAAGUUUAUCGCAAAGAAAAAGGGAAAUAACAGCAUCGCCACGUAUAUUUAAAACGAUGAUGUUAGAUGAACAAAAUAAUUAUUGGAAGCCUACGCGUUAUCAUCGUUUGAUGGUUGAAAAUAAAGGCAUAUGUUCUUGGGAAUCUUGUAAAGCUACUUUGAAUUUAACUCUUCAAAAACAACCAAAUCAAACAUUGAAAAUUUGGGAAUAUGUUAGCCCAAAUUCGUUUGCCUCAAAACCAGUCUUUUUAAUAACAUCACAAGAACCAUAUAGCACUGGAUUUGUAAUAAAAUUCUGGUAGUGGCUCGAUUCAAAUCCUUCGGUAACAGAUACGAUACCUAAAAUCAUUGAACGAAAACUAAUCGAAAGAGUAUUAAUCGUUUUCGUUAAUUAUACCGACGUACAAGUUAUUAACGCUAGUCAAACUGAUGUUACUCAAUUAUGUAAUGGUACUAACUGUCAACCAAAUUUAGAUUUACGAGUGAAAUUUAAUUCCAUUGCAGCAGCAAAUAUUAAUCAAGAGGGAUAUCCAGAAUUGGUAAGUUAUUGGUCUUCAUAUAAUAACGAAUCGCCUAGAAUGCUCACGUCCAAAAUUGAAAUUGUUAAAAUAGACUUAAUAAUAUCUAACUUACCACGUCCUAAUGUUCAAUUUUUUAAAAUACUCCUUAACUACGCAAAUUCUAUGCAUUCUACAAGCGUAGGUAAGCGAUAGAUACUUUAUUAGCAUAUUUUGGCACACAUCAUAUAUAGUUAUUUAAAAUACGUUGCAAAUCAAUUGAUUUUAUUUUGUGAACGUAAUUCGUAUUUUCAAAAUAACGAACAUGUAAGAAUGAUUGUGAAAUUUAUUUAUUUUCUAUUUAUUUUUUACUAUCAAAAAAAAAUAUUAAACGAAUAAAAAGAAAUGAUAUUUUUCGAUUCAAUUAAAUUACGAAUUUAAUUACAAAAUAAAAGCCAGCUUAUCGAAUAAUCAUUUUACUAGAAAAAUAACAAUAAUGGUGCCUUGAAAUGAGUUAUUGACAUUACACGUUGUAUCUUACAACUGUAUUAUGCUUCAGUGCGCCGAUAUUGAUAUAAAAGAGCAAUAUCAUUGUAUGUUAUAGAUUUUCAAAAUAUUAUCAUCGAAUAUUACGCUUAUAUAUUACAUAAAAUUUUAAGGUUAUUGUAUGAAAAAAGAAAAAGAAGAAAAAUCAUACCAUCUAACGUAGACACGAAAUGCACCAGAAUUGUUACUUGUCACAUAUUGUCACAAAGUAAAUUCAUUUUUCAACUUAUUCUCACUUAUUAUUACGCUUAUCAACUUUCUACGCGCAUAUAUGAUAAUUUACGUAGAAGAAAACAUCUGUUUUAAAAAAUAUUAUACUCAUUUCCAUAAUAUAAAAAUAUUAGCAACGAAAUAUUAUGUAUAUAUGUACAUCGACAAAUAUCAACGUCGUAAAUAUAUUGUUUUUCAAUGGGCUAUACGUGGAAAUUUCCUUUAGUUUCAUACGGACGUCCUUCGAAAAAAUAUCUAUUUUCCAUACGACUAAUUAACACGAGAGUAGGUAUAAAAGUCAAAGUAGGUUGAAGUCUGAACGUAUUAUCUUGGAGAACGAGCUAGGAUCUGCUAGAGCAUAUGGUUCAUAUAGUAAAGGUUCAUAUGCCUAAUUACUAGACAAAAAAAAAAUAUGAAGAUAGUUGAAGUAUCUUCUAAUUCGAAGGAAGGUGAAGUCCUAAAUCAGCUGUUUAACUUUAAUAAGUUCGAAAUCCAUGAAUGUAAGACUAUGAACUAAAAGAAAUAACAAAAUUAUUAAUAUCUUUUGAAAGUAAAUAGAGAAAGUGAAUGAGAGAACAAUUAAAAUACGGAAGAACAAGAAAAAUAUUUUGUAAAGAUACUUUUUAUCAAUUCUUUAUAUAAAAAAAAAAAAAGAAAAAAAAACCCCAAAAGAAUCCGUCCAAUGUUUGUACAAGAUUGUUGAAUUAACAACAUAUAUUAUGCUACCUGGAUAUUUCACAUACGGGAAAUAUUAAAUAAUUUGUCUUCUACCGACCCACUUCCAUAAAAAAGAAUAUUUUCUAAGUACUCGAAUCUUGUAUAAUCGGUCGCAACGGAAAGAUUAUCUUCAAGAAUAAUGGACGUAAAUUUCAUACGUUAUUUAUUUAUAUUUAAUUCUUGCUUUUUGACCAUUCUUGGAUUUAUUGUUAUUUAUGCUGAACCUUACUUACCUGUUUUAAUUACACGUACAUUUCACUAUGGUAAACAUGCAAUUAAAAUUCAUCAACCAAUAGUUGCAAAAACUGAAGUACCAAAAAGAUGGUUUAAACAUUUCUAUCUCUUUGCAACAUCAGUUUCUACUUGUUUUCUUAUCCUAUUUUUCUAUACAUAUUUUAUGAACGGUACAAUUCCUGAAAUAAUAUAUUGGUUAUUAGAUACAUCACUUGGCAAAUCUAGAAAAGCAUUAGUAUCACCAGAAUGUGGAUUUUUAGCCAUAACACUUUUUACUUUUCAUUGUUGCAAAAGAUUAUAUGAAACACAUUAUGUUACUGUUUUCUCUGAUAAAAAAAUUAAUAUCUCUUAUUACAUAACUGGACAUACACAUUACAUAGGAACAAUAUUAAGCAUUAUAGGUGAAUCACAUGGUUUCGUUCGAAAUUUCAAAGAACUAAAUUAUGGGCAUAAAUUAACGCUCUUGCAAAUAGUUGGUGCUUUCAUAUUUUUAUUAUCUUCGUUGGUGCAAUUACAAACUAAUUUUAUUUUAGCCAGUUUAAGAAAAUCUAACAAUAAAGUUGUCUUUUAUGGCUAUAAAGUAGCACAUAGUGGUUUAUUUAAAUAUUUGUCUGCACCAUUGGAAUUUACAGAAAUUUUAGUUUAUUUAAUGUUAUCUGUUAUUCUUUGGCAAAGUAGUACAUUUCAUUACGUUACAAUUUGGGUUGUAAUAAACCAAAUAAAUUGUGCUGUAAUGACUCACAAGUGGUAUAAAAAAACUUUCCAAAAUUAUCCGAAGGAACGUAAAAUUUUGAUUCCAUAUUUAUUCUAGACAUAAUUAUUAUCACUUUCUAUUUCUAAUAUUUAUAAUAUACUUAUUAACUUAGAAACUUGGCAGAAUAAAGUAAUUUAUUAUUUAAAUUUUACUAGACUCAUGUAAACACACAUAUACGCCUUGAUUAUUGUUUCAUUCCACAAUUAUAUGAUUUUUAAAAUAACGUUGAAUAAUAAAUAUUUAUUUAACUAAUAA